AAGUCUUCGUUCUUCGCCCCCUACCCCAGGGCAACCCAAGCCUCUCAUUGAGUCGUUGUCACGUUUCCCUCAAGAACCCCAGAGGAAGGAAGGAGGGAACAGGAGCGGAGGAGGAGGAGGAGAAAAGGUGGCGAGGUGGGUCCGUUUCUUAAGCUCUUGGAAUUUGGACCUUCUUUAUUAGCAUUUGGUCGCCGUCGGGCUGGCAGAUUCUGGGUUAUCUGCUUAGACAUUUUUGUGAUCUUGGUUCCUCGCCAAAGUUUCCAUCUUUGCGUGGAUUUUCUGGAAAAGGUGGGAUCUUGGGGAAUUGUCCCGCAAAAAGUGGAGAUUUUUGGGUGAAGUGUUGCCAUUUUGCGUCUUGCAAUGUGGUGCCGAGUUUUUGUAGGAAGAUUUAAGUAGUAAGUUUCAGUUUUGGGUUUUUGGAAUCCGGGAUUUUGGAGUUACAGUCAGGAAAGAGAACCUCUCGAAGAUUGGGAUCCCGAUAGAAAGUUUGAUUUCCUCAAUUUUAGGAGAUUUAUCUGUUAUCGACCGGUCCUUUCUGGGAAAAAAGUGAGGAUUUUUUUUGGUGAGGGGCUUUGAGAAUUUUUUGAUUUCUGCACUGAUUUGGAUUAUAAUUAAGAAGAAAGGUGUAUUUAGAAGUUCGAUUUGGUGCCUAGAAAUGUCGAGGAUCUCUGGGUGCUUCUGAUUUUGAGAUCUUGUGAAAAAGGAGGGAGCUUUGGAGUUUCUUUGUUUGUGAAAUGAGAGAAUUUUGAUUUGGGCCAAGGGUUUAUGGAUCAUUUGGGAUUUUAGCUGAAAGGGAGGAAGGUGGGGCUGAAACCUGGUGGAAUUAUGGCCUCCAUUCCUCCACUUUCUCCAUCAGUUCUCCCACCAUUUUCAUCUGCCUCUGCUCCACCACCACCUUCUCCUUCCACUUCUCCUCCUCCUGCUGGUUCUCCACCACCCAAAACUCGACCCGAUGCCACCUCCGAUCCACCGACAUCAUCAAAUGCAGCGCCUCCGCCUACUUCCCCUCCCCCUGUUUCCACUGCCCCUCCUCCUCCUCCGCCUCCAUCUACUCCACCAACAUCUUCAGCCUCAGCGCCCCCACCCGUUGCCACUUCCCCUCCAACUAUCUCCACUUCUCCGCCGCCAGCGUUGCCGCCUCCACCUUCUGCUUCUCCCCCACCUCCAACAUUAUCUCCACCACCGCCUCCUACAUCUUCCCCUCCACAAACUCCCUCGCCUUCGUCACCUCCACCAUCUUCCCCUUCCCCACCCGCGAUUGUCCCUUCACCACCAGUGGCUAAACCACCCAAGAAUUCACCUCCACCGCCAGUUCAACAGUCCCCUCCUCCUUCUGCACCCCAAAACCCACCUUCUGGUGAAUCAGCACCACCACCUAAAGCCCCACCACCUUCCACUCCUUCUACCCCUUCUCCUCCUCCUGGCAAAACUCCAUCUACCCCGGCUUCACCCCCUCUUCCUGCUCCUCCUGGUAGUCUACCCUUACCCUCUCCCACCACUCCAGGGAAUCCAGCUACUCCAACUAUCCCAAGUCCCAACAAGGCAUCCAAUCCGAGUUCACAUUCCCAUGGGGGCAGCAGCUCCGGAGGAGGUGGUGGGAUUAAGGCCAGUAGUGUAGUAAUUAUUGCUGCGAUAUCAGUGAUUGUGAUACUUGGUUUAGGAGUAGCUGUGUGGUUCAUGAGGAAGCGCAAAAAGCAGGUUGGUGGAUAUGAUGCAGGCUUUAUCCUACCCUCACAGUCUGCAUCUUCACAAAUGUCUGAUUCGUCCUAUCCAAGAUCCCCAUCAGCUCCUCUAGCAUAUCAGCAUAGUACUGGAAGUCAAGGAGUGUUCGUAAAUUCACCGUCGGAUGCAGGGUUGGGCAAUUCAAGAUCAUGGUUCACAUAUGAAGAACUAUAUGGGAUAACCAAUGGCUUCUCAAGUCAGAAUAUUUUAGGCGAGGGUGGAUUUGGUUGUGUUUACAAAGGAUGCUUACCAGAUGGAAGAGAAGUGGCUGUGAAACAACUCAAAGUCGGUGGUGGCCAGGGGGAGCGUGAGUUCAAAGCUGAAGUUGAGAUUAUCAGCCGCGUGCACCACCGCCAUUUGGUUUCACUUGUAGGGUACUGCAUAGCAGAGAACCAGAGAUUACUUGUCUAUGAUUUUGUGCCUAACAAUACACUUCAUUAUCAUCUUCAUGGGGAAGGAAGGCUGGUUAUGGAUUGGGCAACCAGGGUUAAGGUUGCAGCUGGUGCAGCUCGUGGAAUAGCAUACUUGCAUGAAGAUUGCCAUCCACGAAUAAUUCAUAGGGAUAUAAAGUCCUCGAAUAUUCUAUUGGAUAACAACUUUGAAGCUCAGGUUUCGGACUUUGGACUUGCAAGGUUAGCUAUGGAUGCUUGUACACAUGUUACUACACGUGUAAUGGGAACAUUUGGAUAUUUGGCUCCAGAGUAUGCAUCAAGUGGCAAGUUGACUGAGAAGUCUGAUGUUUAUUCUUUUGGGGUUGUGCUCCUUGAGCUUAUUACUGGACGAAAGCCUGUUGAUUCUUCACAGCCUUUGGGUGAUGAGAGCCUUGUUGAGUGGGCACGACCAUUGCUUAGCCAUGCACUUGAAACUGGAGAGUUUGAAGAAUUACCUGAUCCUAGGCUUGAAAAUAAUUAUAACCAAAGCGAGAUGUUUCGUAUGAUUGAAGCAGCAGCAGCAUGUGUCCGUCAUUCAGCAGCAAUGAGGCCUCGAAUGAGUAAGGUGGUGAGAGUUCUUGAUAGCUUAGCUGACAUUGACCUUAGCAAUGGUGUGAAACCGGGUCAAAGCGAACUGUUCAAUGCGCCACAAUCAGCAGAAAUCAGACUAUUUCGGCGGAUGGCAUUUGGUAGCCAGGAUUACAGCACUGAUUUCAGCCAAACUAGUUUUAGCCAAGCUAGUUGGAAGAGUCGAUCGGAGUUGUAAACAGGUUACUUUUUGGCCUUCACAGUGUGACCUUGUUUUUUUUUUUUUUCUUUUCCUUUUCUCUUUUUGUGUAGUUAUUCUUUUAUACAGAAAUGGGGAUGGAUGUCUUAUGGAUUUGUUCCCUAUUCUUUCUAUAGUGAAAUGAAUUUUUGGGUUUUGAAUUAUUCAUACAGCCAGGCGCUAUUAAUGCUUCUAUAUAUAAUUUGUUCUCCUUCAA